ACGGACCAGCCCGCAUGAGUAAAGGAAGUUUAGAAAUCGCCAAGCAAGCAAACUUAAUAAUUCAGCCUGUUCGUCCUAGUUUAGACGACUUAAAUCCAGCAAUUAGGGAAUUCAAUGGUUUAUUCAAAUCCGGAAUUCCCAAAAAUAAAUUAGCCUUUGUCAUAAAUGCGGUUAGUUCCGAAGCCGAGGAAAAAGCCACGAGGAACUAUUUACAAAAAGCGGGUUAUUUUGUUUUUGCUAAUUCUUUAUCAGAAAAAAUAAGUUAUCGCGAAGCCCAAAAUGAGGGAAAGUCCAUCAGUGAGGUAAAAUACCCAAGAUUAAGAGAACAAGCCAAAGAGUUAGUAAAAAAUAUAAUAAAGAAAAUAGGAACUAUGUAG